CAAAAAGAAUCUCAUUAAUUAAUCAGUGUUUAUUAGAAAUCCUAUAUUUGUUUUUGGAUAUCUUCAUUUCAACGAUAAGCACCACUAUUUUAGAAACGAUGUUACUGAAUCAAUUUGCUUUUAAAUAUAGAAGUACUAAGCGGCUGAUUAAAAAUGACUUAUUGCCUGCCAAAACCUAUAAAAUUCUUCCUUCUCAAUUUGGCUGCGUGGUUAACCAUAACUCCUACAGUUGUUCUAUUCAAGAUAUAUAAAAAAAUUAUACAUUUGAUUUUGGAAAUAAAACAUGGAAAAUCUUUUGGAGGGAUGAUGGAUUGUUCUGAUGCAUUUUUUUGUUUGCCUGGUCCUUCAAAAUGUUGUAUAACAGUGCUAUUGAUUGUACGAAGUAAGAAAGAAAUCGAUUUGUUAAACAUCCUAAGGGACAUUUUUAAAGAGAAGGUUUUCAAUCACCCAGACAAAUUUCCAAAACUAACAAGCACUCUACAUUUUUGUUCUGGAUAUCCAUAUUGGCAGAAAGAUGACGUAAAACUUGAUGAUGCAGUGAGAUUAUUGAAAUUACCAGAGAAUGAGAUAUUCACUGAGGAAUGUCUCAAAAGAGUUACUGGUGAAAUAACGAAUAGUAAAAAUCCUAAAAAUGAUACUAUCCUUUGGGAUAUUCAUGUAAGCAAACAUCACCUACAAGGCAACUUUAAGGACUCCCAUUAUCGAUAUCCAGUUGUAACGAGAUUCCAUCAUUCUAUUGGAGAUGGCACGGCAUUAAUGGCACUUUUAAUUCAACUUCUAGCAGAAGAAAAUUGUCAAAACUAUAGUGCAGAAUUGCUAAAGAAAUUCACAGAGAAAGUACCCAAUCAGAAGUAUAAAACUGUUUGGACGAUAUUAAAAUUAUAUAUUCAUAAAACCGUGAAAGCAAUUCUUCUCUACUUAGAGGUAAUAUUUAUAUCCUUGGGAAAAAUUGGGUAUUAUACCCGACUGGCUCCAAUAGAUGUUAAUGCUCUCCAUGGUACAAAUUAUUCAGGAGAUAAGAUUGCUGUUUGGGCUGCUGAAGAGAAGCCUGAAUGUAUACCUUUGGUGAAAAAAAUAAAAACCCAUGCUAAUUCCAGAUUCACUCCGGUACUAGCAACAGCGUUAUCGGCUAGCUUAACAAAAUUUUUUCAGAGGAAUUCACUGCCAAUACCAGAUUGUACUUCGGGACUGAUAGCUCAACUGCUAGAUUUCUCGUUUGCUGAAAAUAGCGACACGGUGAAGCUGGACAACAAAUCAGCUGGAGCCAUAUUCACUUUGCAUUCAACUCAUAAAUUUAAAACUUUGAUGGACGCGUUGGACCAAGUAACUAAACAAAUGUCAUCAGAUAUGAAACUCGCAGAUGGAUUGAUCAACUACUUCUUCUUAAGCAAAAUAUUUGGAAAUAUACCUAUGAAGCUGUUAGCACCUCAAAUGGGCUUAAAAGCACAAACCUUUUUGUUGACGAACGUACCUGGAGGUUCACAAAUAAAAAUGCGUAAUGGAUGUGUCAUAGAAAAAGUGAUACCUUUUGCACCCAAUGUGAGCGAUGUUGGUAUUUCCUUCGCCGUUUUAACUUACGAUGAUCGGUUCCACAUUGGAGUUUUGAUAGAUAAAUCUUUGAAAGUACCUCAGUCCGAAGUACAAAAAAUAGCAAAUGAUAUACUUUAUUAUAUUAAAUUAAUGUAUAUUGAAUCAAAGAAAAUGGUGUAAUACAAGUAUUUAUUAUUCUAAAAAAUUUGAAAGAAAUCAAAUUGGAGGUAUAACUUGUUAUAUAGUUACUCCCAGCUCUGCAGCUAAUUGGGUCAGAUUGGUGAAGACGUCAUUUACCAAUUCUUGGGCUACUUUUUGAGAACCUACUAGGCUUUUGUCAAUCACUAAGCCACAGUGAAAUUUAUUGUCAUACGUUAAUGUUACAAAAGUAAUACCUGAAAAUAAAGCUUAAAGGGUUAAAAUCAUGUUUUUAUUUGAAUCUUGUACCUGCCUAUAUUUGUAACAUUUGGUGCCAACGGUACUGCCGAUUCAGCAACCGUACCAUCUGAUAAGUGUGUAAGUGGAUUUCCUGGCAUGCAAGAGAUGAUAAGAGUACGUGUACCAAAGUUAUCCAAAAAUCUUAAAACAGGCAUUGGGAAGAGGGAUAGAAAUUCUUCCACAACUAAUCUGA